UUGUUUCAAUGAAUAUGUUAUAAUCGGUUAUGUGUGAAAUAGGAAUAUAUAUCUACACGCACACACAAAGUAAUACUUUAAAAGGUUCUGGAAGUGUGCACGUCAAUAAACUUCAAAUCGUCGACAAGCAAACAACACUCUGCGCUCCAGCCACAGCUCACGGCAGCAGGGUCGCUGGUGGUUGGGGCUGCUGUAAGGGCAUCUGCACCGUUCGGGAGUGGGACUGUGGCGAAAAAACUGGCUGUCCCGGAAUUCAAUAUAAUGAAAAUGUAAAACUGAUGGACGUCUGUGGCAGUAUCCGAUUUUUACAGAAGCAAGAAGUUUUGCUAAAACGUGCUCAGAAGUUUUCCUGCAACAAUUAUUAAAAAACAAACAAAUUAACGUCGGAGCUCAUAGGGAAUACGCGCUGUGUGGCCAAUGUUUCAAAGAAAAAACAGAUUUCCAAUCAAAUAAUUGUCAGUAAAUAUGUGCUCAAUGUCAUGGAAGGCAGUGACCCGUGAAGUUUUUUAUUGGCAAGUACUUCAAGGACAUAUCUCUUGCAAUGGACUGGUUAAUAAAGUUCAGACGCGGGCCAGCUGCCUGUGAAAAUUUGUUGCCUAAAUACCAUUCCAUACGAAGCCCUACCCGCAGUGUAAUUGUGCCAGCAGGGCGAAUUGUCAAGCUUGAAAUUCAAUCUACUUCGAAGAAGCGUAAAGGAAGUGUUGACACAAUUUCGACGGAGACCCAGAAGCCAGGGCUGUGAGCGGAGUGGCGGUGAAUGCAGCCUUCCCGUAAUAAAAGAACCCACGUAGAUUAGUAAAAGGUCAGCAAAACUUAACUAGUAUUAAAAUCUCGAUAAAGAAGCGAGCCAUUGUUAGAGCGGCCAACAAGUAGGUAGGUCCAU